ACCCAAUCACAACCUCAGAAUGACCAGAAGCUGUUCAGCAUUCACAUCUCAGAACCGUCUAAUCAGAACUGUGCAUCAGCUCACCAUAACAGCCAGUCUGGUCAGGAAGAGUCGACUCGUCAUGGCCAAGCCAGCGUACCGAAAGGCAGAACUGUGGCAGAUGGGUCUGCUCAUCUUGUCCCUGGUGUCUCACUCUGAGGGAUCUACAAUCAUUGAAGUUGAAAACGGAGGAGGUUGGGGUGGCUGGCAAGAAGUUAAGAUGUGUCCUAAGGACUUUUAUGCUUAUGGAUUCAGCCUGAGGGUGGAGAGGUCUGUGGGAAAGCAUGAUGACACAGCGCUCAAUGGAAUCCGUCUGUUCUGCAAACACAUAACUUAUCAGAUCGAAGAUAUAAUGGUGGAAUCACCAGGACACUGGGGGGAUUGGACUUCAAAGCAAGCUUGUGAAUCUGGAUAUCUGGAUUCCUUCCAACUGCGUGUGGAGGCCUCUCAGGGCAAAGGAGAUGACACAGCUGCCAACAACAUAAACGUCCACUGCAGCAGUGGAGAUAUUCUCCAUGGUGACGGCACAGGCUGGGGGAGCUGGGGCAGAUGGAGCUCAAGAUGCCCAAACGGGGUAUGUGGUAUGCAAGUCAAGGUGGAAGGGCCGCAAGGAAGGGGUGAUGACACUGCCCUCAAUGAUGCUCGAAUGAUCUGUUGUUAGGAAGGCUAGAACUUCCUCUGCCGGCAAAUAAAUGCCUUGCAGAUGCAUUAUAUAAAGAUAAAAAAGGUUGUUAGUAAAAAAACCCUGUUAGAACUAAAAAUGGUGAAGAAGCUUGCUAUGCAGUUCAGCAAAAAGGAAAAGGACUUCCUUUUUGCAUGUCCUAUUAUCAAGGAGUUGCACAUGUUAAAUCUGUCUUUUAAUUAUCCUACCUUGUGUCUUUUUAUGGGGGAGGGGGUAUUAAUUAAUUAUCUUAUGUAGUUUACUUUUUUAACUAUUGUCCUUUUCUGCUUUUAUUUGCUAAUGCUAAUGUUUAUGUAAAGCACAUUGAAUUACCCCUGUAUAUGAUGUGUGCUAUAUCAAUAAAUAUACUUGUACUGUACAAGAAGUAUACUGUA